UCUUGGUUUCCAUUGGCGUCCGCCCUUCCUAUCCGUCACUUCCGGUAUCACCUGUGUAGGUCGAGAGAGCCGUAAACCAAGGUUCUCGUAGGUAUCGGCAGCGGUGCCGGGAUGCGGCCCAUCGGCUUAGCUGGAGGCUGCUGCCGUGCUUUCUCCCGGCUGCUGAGUUUUCUGCUCUUUCAAGGUCUAUAUGCAGUCCUUUCAAUGGAGAUUAAAGCAGAUGCCCAUGUUCGAGGUUAUAUUGGAGAAAGUAUCAAGCUGAAAUGCACCUUCAGGUCGUCUUCUCCUGUUUCUGACAAGCUUACAAUAGAUUGGACUUAUCGACAGCCUACCAGCAGUCGCAUAGAGCCAAUUUUUCAUUAUCAAUCUUUCCAGUACCCAACCACGGCAGGCACAUUCCGUGACAGAAUUUCUUGGGUAGGGGAUGUGUACCGAGGAGAUGCAUCUAUUAGCAUAAGCAACCCAACAAUGAGGGACAAUGGAACAUUCAGCUGCUCUGUGAAGAAUCCUCCAGAUGUCCAUCACAAUAUUCCCAUGACAGAACUGGUAGUCACUGAAAGGGGUUUUGCUAUACAACUCUCAUCUGCGGCACUGCUGUCCAUUCUGGUCUUCAUUCCUUCAGCUGUGGUGGUCACCCUGCUCUUGGUGAGAAUGGGGAGGAAGUCUGCUGGGCUAAAGAAGAAGAGCAAAUCUGGCUACAAAAAGUCAUCUAUAGAAGUUUCAGAUGACACUGACCAGGGAGAGGAUGAAGACUGCAUGAGAAGAUUUUGUACCCGUUGUGCUGAAUGCCUGGAUUCGGACUAUGAAGAAGCAUAUUGACGACAGGGUAAACACUGCCUAGUUUCAGAACUCCAGUCAUCUGUUUGAUCUGCACAAAAGUCCUGUCCUUUUAUUUGUUGAAGUGUUGUGUAUGAUUGCAGUUGGCUUGGACUACCGUGUUGGGAAGCCGUGUUGGAGGAAUCUGGAAUUCAAUAGUCAAGACUGUCCAGUAACUUUUUAUUUAUUGAAGAAAUGUUCUUUUUAUAUUUAUGAAAUGUUUUAAGACCUUAUAGAAGAGAUGUAUAAUAGCUAAAGCUCCCAAUUGCAAUAUUUUAAUAAGUUAUAUUCUGGUUGGACUAAAGAAUUAUUUUCCUGAAUAGGAAGAUAUACAUAGUGUUUACCUAUGUUGCAUUCUAAUGUGUUGUAUGUUUUCUUCAAUUCUUUGAGGGAGAAUCAUAAAUACUUGUUCUUUACUAGCCACAGAGGAUCUUUUCUUUCAAAGGAAUGUCACCUGUAGCAUCCUUUUCUUCUUAACUUUUAAGGUGAGAAUAGUUGUGAUAGUGUUGCUCAGUCAGUUUUUAGCUUGGAGUUACUAACGAAGAGUUAUUUCUCUUAUUUCUCUCCUUUUACUGAAACUUAUAAAAUUCCUUUGGGUAUUAUAAUCUUAAAAUAACUUGGAUUGUAUAAAUUAUAGUCAUAUAAGAUUAGGAAAAUUCUGCUUUGUUUCAGUAAUAUAUUUUUUGAUGUUAAAUGAAACAUUAUUAAUUUAGAUUCAAGGAAUGAAGUGUGGCAGAGGAACUAAUUUUUUUCUGGCUUGCUAGACCAAAAUUAGGUGGAGUUUGGGCUGGAGUUGGAAUGGGAAUCCUAUUUUCACGUUUCUUAUGCACUCAGCUGGCUAUUCACUGUUUUGCCCCUUAACCUUUAGUUCAGAGACUGAAAAAACUCUUUGGAAGUUUUCUAGUUUGAAAUUGUAGCCUACUGUAGCUUCUAUUUAAAUGCACUGUCUUCUAAUCCUUCAGAGUUAAUUUUCAAAGUGCACCAAAUAUGUACACAUUCUUAAUUGUUUCAGAUAUCACUGCAGAAUAUCUUGUGAGACAGGAGUGAGCACAGACUAGGGUGUCACAGAACCCAGAUUUUCCCAUUUGCUCUUCUUCCUUCAUUGUGCUCUCUCUACUCUGACUUAAUUCUCUAGUGCAUGGCAAAUAAACCAAACAAAAUGCACAUAUUUUAUGUACUGGAGGUUUUACAUUUUUCCAUAUAUAGUAAAAUACAUUUUAAAUCUGCCUUAAGACUAAAAAUUAUGUGUGCCAUAUGAAGAAAAGUUGAUAAUAUAUCUCAGCAGUCUAGAGGUAGGUUGUUAUCUCAUUUUUUAUAUUCUAAAAAGCUCUUUCUAUUUUUCCUCUUUUUGUUAUAACUUACUUGGUGCUUUUGGUGUUUUCCAGAUUCUGGCAGUCCACAAAAAUGACAUUAAAACCCACUGUUCUCUUUCUUCUUCUUUUUAGAUUUUUUGCCCAGAUAAUUUUUUUUUUUAAAUUAGAACAUGAGUGAGCAAUGUGGGCUGCCUCAUUGGUUCAUCCAACCCUUUUUGGUUAAUGUUUUUUUUUUCAAAUUAGAAAAUGCUUAAUUAACGGAGGUUGCCACUUAUGAACCUUCUAGCAAAUUCUGGAACUCGCAGCUUGGCUUUUAUUUUUUAAACCCUUACCUUCUGUCUUAGAAUUGAUGCUACAUAUUAGUUCCAAAGCAGAAGGGUGGUAAGGGCUGGGUAGUUGGGGUCAAGUGAUUUGCUAUGAAGUAUCUGAGACCAGAUUUGAACCCAGGAUCUCCUGUUUCCAGGCCUUGUUCUCUAUUCACUGAGCAACCUAGCUACCCCUCUUGAUUUUUUUUUUUCCUAUGACUGCCUGUCCUUUUAGCCUCAUAGUUUCUUGGACCAUGUGAUAACUGACUUUAGGCUGAUCCAAUGAAGAUCUUUCUGACUUUUAAAUAGAGAGAGAGAAUUUAAGCAAUAAGCUUAGCUUUUAAGUAUUCCUAAUCGUAUUUUAGGCAUUUUGUGAUACCUCAGUUCCCUGAAAAGGGGGAUAAUGCUUCAGGAUGACCCAGUUAAAGCCAAAAUGAAAGCCCAUUUUGACUAGGUCAUCUUAUACCUUCCUUGCAGGCCUGAGGAUGAAUUCAGUGAGAUUCUUGGAUGAACGGUGCUGUGUGAAUGCUCAAUAGUAUUAUUUUACAAUCUUAAUCAUGAUUUGGGACAAGGCCUCUCCUUUUAGAAUGACUGAACAGUAGAGUCCUUCAUGGUAAGGGGUAAAUUGAUAAUUGAGGCUUUUCUGUCACAUCACAGGGUAUAAAGCUGCUAUCGAAUUCUUUCAUUACUCUUGUGAGGUCUUUCUUAUAGCCUCUCUCUUCUAAGAAUUGUUACGAAGUAUGUAUUUGCCUUCUUUAGGGAUGGAUAAAAGAUAAAGUUAUUCUGCACUGUUUUUAUACCUCCCAGGGUUCCAUUUUAGUCUCUUUUAUGCUGCUGCAUGGAUUCCUAUCAGAUCAGUCAGAGAGGAACUUUUUCUAGAAAGAGAAUUCGCUACUGGUAAGCUUUAUGUAGGGAUUGCAUUUCUAAAAUAGCCUCUGCUUCAUGGUAUAUUACCAUCUUUGUUUUCUGAAUUUCUGUUACCAAGUCAUUGAGUUAGUGACUAAAUAUGUGCCUUAGUGUAAAAUGCCUUGGUUUCCUGUAUACUUGAUUACAUCAGGUAACUUGGGAAACAGCUCUUUCUUUACCAGUGCUGAGAAUAGGCACAGGUGCUUCAAGAAAGUGAGUUAUUUGUGUUUUUUUUUUAAACAAAAAGUCUAAAAGCCACCAUUUGAAUAUUGGUGUAGAAGCCUUUUUCCUGAAUAUCCUCAUGUAUGAUGUAGUCACUUGCAAGUGGUGAGCUUCACAAGGGUCAGAAGAAGUAUUUAUACAACCAGAAGGGACCAUAGAGAUUGUUAAGUCCAAACCCUUAAUUUACAGAUAAGAAAACUAGGGCACAGAGAGGUUAAGUGAUCUAUCCUGGGCCAUACAACUUGUAAGUGUCUGAGGUGGGAUUUGAAUUGAAGUCUUCCUGAUUCCAUGUUCUGCACUCUGUUGACUUAACAUUUUCCCUUCACAUUGACAUUAAAGAAAAACCAUUUAAUUGUUUCUUUUCCCUUUGGAAAGGGGAAGUUCUGUUUACAAAGCCCUUUACUGUUCUUGUGCAACUGUCUGCCUGUGGUUUUGCAUGUUGAAAUGGCGCUGCUGAGCCUCUGUCUAUAAGACACUAUCUGUUGGUCUUGUUUGCCAUGAUGUGGUCAAUAAAUUCGUUUUCACUCUUC